AAAGAAUGGCUGCUGGGAGAUCUGCGUCUCUCUGCUGGAGUUUACUGUCUGCCUGCGUCCUGCUGGUCUCUGCAGACACAAACAUCACAGCUGAGCACGGAGAGACCGUCACUCUGCCAUGUCGAGCUCCAAAUAAAGAAACCAUCUGUGUGGUCGAGUGGGGAAGAUCUGACCUCUGGCCAGAAUACGUCCUUUUUUACCGACCCGCUGGAAUCGAUCCAGAUUACCAGCAUCCAUCUUUUGUGAACCGGGUGGAUCUGCAGGACAGACAAAUGAAGGAUGGAGACGUGUCUGUGGUCAUUCAGAAUGUGACCAUAGACGACACCGGAAGAUAUGAAUGUCGUGUCGUUAAAUGUCGACGAGCGCAAAGGCUCCAGAUCCCUAAUGUUCACUCUGACCCCAUCAGCGUGGUCUACCUGAGAGUUGCUCCUCCAGAACCGAAAACCAUCACAGCUGAGCCUGGACAGACCGUCACUCUGCCAUGUCGAGCUCCAAAUAACAACCUCAUAGUUGUAGACUGGAGCAGAACAGAUCUGGACCCAGAAUAUAUGUUUUUGUAUCGGGACGGGCACUUUGAUGCAGACAACCAGCAUCCAUCCUUUAAGAACCGGGUGGAGCUGCAGGACAGACAGAUGAAGGAUGGAGACGUGUCUGUGAUCCUGAAGGAUGUGACGACUGCUGAUAGUGGAAAAUACGAGUGUCGCAUCAAGGAAAAAGGAACAAGCAGAGCUGUUCUAGGAUCUGAGCCCAUCAGCACCAUCACCCUGAGAGUUGUUGCUCGUACAGGUCAGGUAGGAAGGAGUAACGAUGGAGAGGAUGAGGACGAUGGAUCUGCUGGGCUGACAGCUGGUCUGUCAGUUUGUGCUGGACUUCUUGUUGUUGUUGCAGCUGUUGUUGGACUUUUGAUCUACAGAUACAAAAAACAGAGUCAAGCCAGUGACAUGCAGCCUGUCUGAAAUGUCUGAGCUUUUUUAGAGGUGAACUCUGAAUCUCCCGCUGCUGCUCCGAGUCAUCAGUGUUGUCAUUUAUCAGCUGUCAUUCCCAGAUUAGGAACAUUCCCAGAAAUGGAAAGAUUACAAUGAUUUUAAAACCCACCCACUCUCAGACCCAACAAGCAGCAGGAGUUUAUCCAGAAACUCACAUUAAAUUAGAGAAAAAUGUGGAAUAAUUCAACUAAAUAACAUGUUUUUUAAAAAAGUUCAAACCUGACCAGGACAUGAACCAGGACAGCUUCAUGGUGAAAGUGUGUCUGGAUUUUCUAAGAUGAAGAAAUGCUCUGACUGUGAAUCUGCAUCCAGUCUCAGUAACAUCAGCAUCACAUUAAUGCAGAACUGAGAAAUGACUCUUCCUGCAGGACAGGAGGGAAAUUUACUGUGGACCUUAACGAGAUUGGUAAUAUUCAUUAUUUUGUUUGCUGUUAUGAGUAGAAAAUGGGAUCAAACGCAUGACAUCAACUUUUUAUUUUCACUCUGUAUGGAGAGCAGCAGUUUAAUGAAGUGAACGAUGCCGUGAUGAGACUUAUGAACGUUUACGUGGUAUUAAAUAUGACGGACUCACCAUCCAGACAUGCUGCUGUGAUUAAAGACAACACCAAAUACACACAA